AUGGCUAAAGAGAUAGUCUAUGCUGAUAUCAAACAUACAUCUUCAGAACAUCCAUCUUCACUUCAGAGAUCUGAUUCUCAUCACCACGGAAUUUUCCUGAAAGUUGGAUGUGCUAUGAUUAUCAUUCUUCUUGUAAUAGUAAUUGUGCUGAGCAUGCUUGUUAUUCAGUUCAAAUCUGCAAGACAAACUGAAGUGGAUAAUGAAUCAAAGAAGAAAUAUUGUACUGAGCAAGAUAAAUCUGAAGCAAGUAGCUCAAUAGUUCCUUUCAAUUCUUCCACUGUUUAUACAUCAUGCCCCAGCAAAGAUUGGAAGCUACAUGGGGGGAAAUGCUACUGGAUUGCUGAACAUGAAAAUAAGAAAUCUUGGAAUGAAAGUAAAAAUGACUGUGUCAUGAAAGAAUCACAUCUCAUGGUGGUCCGAGACUUCAGUGAUAUGACUUUCAUAUGGCAAAAUAUACAUGAUUCAUUUUGGGUUGGUUUGAGGAUUCCUCCUGGAGGGAAAUUAUGGACCUGGUUGGACAACAGCACUUUUGACACUCAGCUGUUUUCAAAUGAACGAGAGAGCCGGAGUAUGAAAUGUGCCUGGGUGUCUUCUACCAAGAUAACCAAAGAAAGUUGUCAGAAAAAUUAUCCAUGGAUUUGUCAACUAUAA